UGUAAAAGGAGCCUCCCCAGAUUAUCAUCACCAUUGAGCUUGCAGUGAUGUACCUAAGUAUAUAAUUAAGUGAUGAUUGAUAUUCCUUUCUCAUUCUUUUUUUAUUUAUGUUAUUAGAGUUGUGUCAGAUUUUCAUACAUGCCAUAUAACUAUAUGCACGUUCUUCCACUAUCUGACUUAAUUAUGAUACAGUUCCAAUAGCAUUGAUAACUGGUUCAUCAAAUAAUAGCAAUCACCUACUUUUUUUUAAGACAGAAACCACAGAAAGCUACCAUGAGAUACCUACCACUGCUGUUACACCACUUCCUUUAAUAGUUCUUUCAAAAGAAGAUCCACAGACCUCUGGUACCGUCUUGGUAACCAAGGAUUACUCGUCAAAUGCUACCUCUUUACUGCCGACCACUCAGAAUCCUUUAGAAAUUUCAAAAACGACCAUGGAAAAUAUAGAGGACCAACAUGAGAGUCACCAAAAUGAAGACCAGACAGACUAUGGUGAUGAGCUCAUUUUACAGCCAGUCAAUCAGAAUAUCUGUGGAUUCAAGGGACCCAGUAUGCCUGAACCAAGUGGAUCUAGUCAUAUUCUGGGAGGGAUGACGGCCUCCACGUUGGAGUGGUGCUGGAUAACAGCUCUCAUGGAACGCCAUCCUGGGGGCAAUAAAUAUAUCUGCAGUGGUGCCCUGAUUGAACCUGAUCUGGUGCUCACAACUGCUACAUGCCUCAGAAGGUUAGGUCACAACGACCUUUCAAACUACAUCGUCGUUUUAGGUGACAGCGAUCUCAAGGAUGACUUGCCAUAUGGGAUACAGUUCCACUCCAUCAUCCAGGCAGUGGUACAUCCUCAUUACUAUGCAUCCGGAGGAGCACACGUCAAUGAUAUAGGGCUGCUAAAGUUGAGGAACCAAGCCACGCUGACGGACAACGUGUGUUUGAUGUGUAUUCCACAUCAGGAUGUAUCUGUACCAGCCUCACAAUGUGUCGUGGUGGGAUAUGGAGUUCGUGCUUUUCCUGAUUCUACCCACAACAGUGCCUACCAUCAAACACAGACCGUGAUGCACAACUAUGGAGCAGAGGUAGUUGGUGGAAAACCCUCAGAGGGCGUGUUGAGGAAGCUCUCAGUGCCACUGCUUGGAGCUGAGGAGUGCCGCAACCUAUUGCAUAAUGUAACUGGUUCCAAGAUCCUUGCAGAGUCGGACUCCUUCCUCUGUGGAGGAAUCGGUAAUGGUGCUGCCUGCUAUAGUACUGUGGAUGGAGGUUCACCGUUGGGUUGUGAGGUGGGUGGCCGAUGGUUCCUGACGGGUCUGGUGUCAUGGUCACGAGAUUGCUCCUCAUCCGGUCCAGCUGGCAUUUACUCACGAACCUCUGCUUUCACUGGUUAGGUGCAAGCAGCUUACCUGCAUUCCUUAGGGUUUGCAACGAGCACCAUGCAAACACGCCGUACCCUCGGGAUUUAUCACCAUCUGGACAAGAUCAACAAGGAAUUUGCAUGAAGUGUUGUCAGUCUGGAAUGAUCCUCUACUGACCAACUGAAUGAUCAACUUACUAUCUAACUGAAUCAAUAGAAUGAUUGAAUUAAUAAGAUUUAAUUAAAACAUGAAAGCAGUGAUUUCCCAAUCA